AUGGGUUCAAUUGCCCACUUACCCGCCUAUGGUCACAGACUUCUUCCCGUUGUAAUCGACGAGAUUGCACGGGACGAGCCUGAUCGCGUGCUUUUCUACACUCCUCGCAACGGGCAACCCUCGCAAGGUUAUGAUGAAGUCACCACCAAGAUCUUUGCCAACUCUAUCAACCGGCUUUGCGGAUGGCUUGAUUCUCAACUUGGAUCGCCAACGGUAUCUAAAACAAUCGCCUACAUUGGUCAGAACGACCUGAGAUAUUUCAUCAUGAUGAUUGCUUCUACAAAGCUGGGGCACAGACUGUUACUCUCCUCACCACGCAACAGUAUCGAGGGGCACGUAUCACUGAUCAAACAGUCUGGUUGCGAGUUCUGGAUCGCUUCAUCUGGCCUAGAUCACCAUGGAUUCCUCCAAGACCUCCAGAUCCCAAGUGUUGAAGCGCCCGAGUUAUCCCAGCUCCUAGAUCCAGCACUCACCAAACCCUACAUCUACCAGAAAUCCUGGAAUGAAGGAAAGUCGGACGUCCUUGCACUGCUCCACACAUCAGGGUCUACUGGUCUGCCUAAGCUUGUGCCGGUCUAUCUUGAGACUGCUGCGACUGUUGAUGGCUUCCACUUGAUGGAGCCUACGAAGGGAAAGAGGCCAACUGGUGUUGAGUGGACUGGCACGAGACAGUUGUGUGCCAUGCCUCUCUUCCACGUUGCUGGAAUCUGUCUCGGUCUGUACUCAGCCGUCUUCUUCAACUGGACCGUUGUUCUCCCGUCUGUAGGACCAAUCAUGCAGCAUGUCAUCGAAGAUGCGCUUGACCAUAUCUCACUCGACUCAGCCUUUAUCUCGCCUAGUGUCCUACAGGAUAUCUCCAAGUCUCCACGUGUGCUCGAGAAGCUCUCGAAACUCAAGUUUAUCACGUCAGCUGGAGGACCUAUUCCACAGUCCGUCGGCGACUUAAUUCACCCGCGUGUGCCUAUCAUGCAAACCAUGGGCAUGACGGAGGGCCAGUGGCUUGCAUCCGUUGUCACGCAUCCUGAUGAAUGGGCUUACUAUUACUUCCAUCCACGGACAGGUGUUGAGAUGCGUCCUUACUCCGAAGAUCUGUCUGAGCUUGUGUUUGUCCAGAACCCCAAGCUUUCUGCUACUCAACCUGUCUUCAAGACGUUCCCCGAUCUUGAUAUCUGGGAGACAAAGGACUUGUACUCACGACACCCAAAACAUCCUGAUCUCUGGAAGUAUGAGAUGCGACGUGAUGAUCUGAUCAUCCUCUCCAACGGGGAAAAGUUCAACCCUCUUGCUGCUGAAGGACAGCUCAUCAGCCAUCCAUGGAUUGCUGCCGCUUACCUCACUGGCCGUGGCCGUUUCCAAACAGCUGCCCUACUAUACCCUGACCAAAGCAGCCUCGAGAACUCAGACGACGCCAUCAUUGACAACGUCUGGCCAACAUUUGAGGAGGUUAACAAGGCCCUCCCAGCGUUUGCUCAGAUUCAUCGUGACUUUGUCAAGGUCGUUCGAACUCCAUUUCCUCGUACUCCAAAGGGUACCCUCGCUCGCAAUGAGACAGAGAAAGCAUUCACUGCCGAUAUCAACGCUAUCUACGACAGGUCUACCCAUGGUAAGCCUUCUGUUCACAUCAACGGAACAACGGAAGAUGUUGUCCGUUCCGGUAUUCGACAAGCAAUUGAGACUGUGUCUGGUUUGGUUGACCUCAAGGACGAUGACAAUAUCUUCACCCGAGGUUUUGACUCACUUCAUGUUAUUCGACUAGCCGGACUUCUCAGUUCUGCCUUUGACCAGCCACUUGAAGUCGAAGCGGGUACUAUUUAUACCAACCCAACCAUCUCUCAGCUUGCUCAUUCGGUUUGGUCUCAUCUUGAACACGGGCCGCAGGACAAAGUUCAUCAUAGCGAAGUUACUCGUGAGAUGCUUGCCAAAUACGCUCAGGCUUUCGAACCACCUCGCGAAGCGAAGGAGCAUAUUGUCCUCACAGGUACAACUGGGGAGAUUGGGUCGUAUCUGCUUGACGUUCUUUGUAACAAUGACAAGGUCGCCAAGGUUUGGUGCUUGAACCGCAGCGCCGAUGCCUUCCAACGUCAAGUGGACUCAUCCAAGUCAAAAGGCCUUACGUCAAACUGGCAGAGCAAGGCCAAGUUUGUCCGUUACGACGUGGCCUCGGAGAAUCUGGGUUUGAGUCAAGAUGAUCUCAAGGAGAUCAGGAAUGAAGCCACUGCUAUCAUACAUAACGCUUGGGAGGUCAACUUCAAUCUCCCUCUCGCCUCCUUCGAGCCCCAGUUCGUCGGUCUCAAGAGUCUUGUUGAUAUUUGCCGAGAGACUCGUCACAAGAUCCACUUCUUUUUCGUGUCGUCUAUCAGCGCUGCCAUGAACUGGCCAUAUGACCUCCUAGGCCCGGUACCAGAAGCAAACAUUCCCCGAUUUGAUGCGCCAAUCAAUGGGUAUGGUUCAUCAAAGCUUGUAGCUGAGCAUCUCCUUACCAAGGCCGCUCGAGCUGGUGUAUUGAGUCUCUCUGUUCUACGAGUUGGCCAAGUCGCUGGUCCGGUCAGGACUCUUGGCGAGGGUAGCAUAUGGACUCGACGAGAUUGGGUUCCUGCUAUCAUCGAUGCUUCCGUCUAUCUGAGAGCUCUACCACUAGAUCUUGGCUCUGCAAGCAUUUUGGACUGGAUCCCCAUUGAUCUCCUAACAGAAGUCAUUGGGCAACUCGUGGUUCCCGUGAACCCAGUCGUAGGACAAGAGAAUUACUACAAUCUACUUAACCCCCGGACACCCAGCUGGAUAGACACUUUACCUAGUCUCAAAGCUCAUCUUGAGGCUUCUUUGUCAGAAACGUUUGAGAUUGUUCCUCUACAAGAAUGGAUCAACCGUUUGCGGGGUGCUGAGAAGACUAUCGUGAAGGAAGUCAGUGAAGGAUCAUCUGAGACUGCGAGGGGGGCUCAGAGUGGCCUGAAGUUGUUGGCAUUUUUUGAACUGCUGGCCUCUGGAAAAGAAGGAUCUCGGGGUCUUGAGUGGUCUAAGGGAAACACGUUGGCACAGAGUUCUAUUUUGGCUUGCAUGGAGCCUGUCUCAUCAACUUGGUUUGAAAUUUGGUUGAAGCAAUGGGGAUAUUGA